GAAUCACUGCACCUCAUAUCAUCUAUUUGUAUGCUUACUUUAAUACUAGAAGCCUUGCUUUUAGACAUUCGGGUUAUACCUAUGGCGACAUCUUCAGGUGGGUUGAGCUCAUAAUUUGCAGUGUACAUUAGCUUCACUUGCAACCGCAUGCGACUCGCUCGCUACAAUAAGAAUCAUACUGUCAGGGGUGAGAAAUCACCACCGCCUCUCGAAGCUAUCGAGCUCUUGUUUAGAUUGUAAGCAUCUAAUGACGGCUGCACGUGGCGGUAUUUCAGAACUAUACGGUCACCCCGGAGUGAGAAGGAUCGGACACGGGCAAGGACUCACUACCUCCUCGGUGGCACAAGAUUCGCCUAUUGACGAACAACGACAGAGAAAGAAUGUCGCAAAUGUAUCUUCCAAGUUUAUCGGUACUGGGUUCAUCACAAUCAGCAGCGGUUAUGUUGAGGGUGGCCAAAUGACAGUGAAAGAUGGAGUGUCGACUUCGAAUGCUAUCGGCGUCCAAAACCCGUCUGAGAGGGUAAGUCAUCAUUCUUUGCAAGGUGUUGUGGAUAUCAUUUUAGAACCCCCUAAAAAUGUUAUCGUUGACCACAUAGCCAAUAGUGCCUCGAUCGAUCCAUGCGACAGUGAAACUGAGAGACGGAUAUCAAUGGACUCUGCUGAUCGCGAAAAGAUCGCUGAUGCAGAUUUCCAAAGAUUUAAUGAGAACAGUCCUACCGAUGAAGUGGUCACCUGUAUCGACAAAUAUGACGCCGAUUUCAAUACUAGCUUUCGAUUUACUACAUCGCGACCUGCGACAGGUGGUGGUGUAUGCAAAAUGAUCUGCGAGCUCACGAUUAUGCUUGAAUUGUGUAAAAGUCUAGGUACUCGGCCAUCUAAGGUAAACAUGAUAAAGGCUGAAGCGAUCAGCAAAUCCGGAAAUCGAUUUUUCCUUGAAUCUAAUGCCAAGCAGCAACGGCGAGCGUUUAGAUAUCAUACGUAUCUGACUAAGUUCUGUCCGCCACUAGAAGAAACUCGUUAUCAGCGCUUGCGCACUCUCUAUACGAAUUGGUGGGGAUGUGCAUAUCGAACUUCAAAUCUGAAUGUCCUAAAGGACAUCAUUUCAGAUAUCCGCCAAUUCGUUGGACCCGUUAUUUUCCCACUAGCCCUGGGAUUAUAUGGCCUUCAGGCUCCUAAUGAAUUGAGUGUCGGUCGCAGGUCAUCCGAUGGAACCGCGCCCCUCUCCACGGCUGUCGCAAGAAGGAAUAAAUCGCUGCCUGUGGGUGUACCCUCAUCGCAAGGUAUAACACGAUUUUUACGGUCGGUAACACGCAGCUGCAGUCUUGGCUCAUCGUCUGGCGCCGUUAAUAUUCUUGCUGAACACAUGGAAAACGCAUCGGAUUCUCAUAGUCCAUUUAGUUCGGCACCCCCCCGGUCGGGGUACGUGUAUUUGCAAGCGAAUGGCACACCCUUAGGCAUAGCAAGAUUGAACACUUUACCAACAAGUGAGUGUAGGAGACCCGCAAAGCAACGAUGCAAAAGUAUGUGCAGCAGUAUGAGCCCUCCUGAGCAGAACAAUCGGUUCGAUAGACAGCAUGCAUCAGUGCGUAUCGAACGUUGCACCAAGGAACCAAGGACGUCUUUCGGCAGCGAUGUCCAUGACGAGCACGCACAUAUUUUUCCCAUGUCGUUGCACAACAUGGAUGACGAGGAUAUAGCGGAUGCUCGUGCCGAGACUAUAUUAAUGCACUCGUUUUCACAAUCUGAAUUGUUACAGCCUGCGCCUGAGGAAGUCUCUAGAUCCAAUAGAAAUAUCGGAAAGCAACCGAAGCGGUGGGCGCCUCGCAUGAAGAAAGCUGUCAAAGGGUUGUCAGACUUGUCAGCGUAUAGCGUUGAUAUGUUCAAGCGGACAAAGAAGUUUGACAUUUAUUCUCCUAGUGCCGUACAUUCAGCCAAUAAUGUGACAGGCAUUACAUUAGAGCGAUAGCUAAGGCCCGCCCCCAUCACUAAAUUUACGAUUGUGAUGGAUUUGUGGGCCAAUAUCCCAUUCAUUUUUUUAUCGGCCAACUCGACAAAGGAGCAAUACGAGAGCCGAGCUCCGUGUUCUAUACAUAAUAUAUUAAAAUGCUGCUGUCUAAAUGAGACAAGUUGCCUGUAAUGGUGUUAAAGUUAUUACCGAUAUCAAAAAUAUUAAAUGAUCUGUUUAUACCAUUG